AUGGGGAAAACUCUUCGUGUUCAGUCGCCCAAGUCACAGGCGGCGCCUCCCAAGGCCUCUGGGGGUGCUGCUCGACUGUCUACUCUAGGAGGUUCUCGGGAAAGUUCGACGGUGAAUCGGAACGACGUCAAGAAAAAACCCGUGAAGAGCAAUACGAUCUCUUUCAGUAAGCAUCUUAGGAGGUCGAUGAUGAUUCGCCUCUUCUUGCAGGUCUUGUGA